UCCCAAGUCAAACAACAAUAACUUAUUUUAAGUAUACAUAAAACAUGGGUUAGUUCAAGUUGGUAAAUACAAACAAACUUCAGCAUUUCACCACAACAAAGAGUGAAUUGAGAGAAUGGAAGAGGAAUUGCUAUUUAACGAGAUUGAAAAAGAAAGAGAUGAAACAAAAAUAAAAAUACGAUGGAAAGAUAUAUUAGAGGAAAUGAAAAGAGUGAGUUGGGUGGCAGGUCCAAUGGUGGCUGUUGUGAUGUCACAGUAGAUGAUUCAAAUUUUGAUGAUGGUGGGUCAUCUCGGCCCUCUUUACCUCUCUAGUACUGCCCUUGCUGUUUCUCUUGCUGCUGUUACCGGCUUUAGCCUCUUGUUAGGGAUGGCGGGUGCAUUAGAGACUAUAAGCGGGCAAUCUUAUGGAGCGCAGCAGUACAAGAAACUAGGAACUCAAACAUACACUGCCAUAUUCUCUCUCACUUUAUUCAGCAUCCCACUUUCUGUCAUAUGGAUUUACAUUGGGGAUAUUCUCGUUUUCUUAGGCCAAGAUCCUGCCAUUUCACAUGAAGCAGGCAAAUUUAUGACAUAUCUUGUGCCCACCCUCGUUUGUUAUGCUGUUUAUGAGCCCUUGGUUCGAUACUUCCAAUCCCAAAGUUUGGUCAUGCCUAUGUUUCUACUCGCUCUCCAAUCUCUCUGGAAAUGUUCCAUGGAAUUGGAGUUUUUCCGAUAUGCUAUUCCUUCUGCUGCAAUGGUUUGCUUAGAGUGGUGGUCAUUCGAGCUGCUAAUUUUAAUAUCAGGAUUCCUACCAAAUCCAGAAUUUGAAACUUCUGUUCUCUCUGUGUGCUUGACAACCAUUUCAACAUUGUUUGCUAUACCUUACGGAAUUUCAGCAGCUGCAAGCACGAGAAUUUCCAAUGAGCUUGGGGCAGGAAACCCACAGGCAGCUCGCAUAGCAGCCUAUGGAUCUGUUGUAAUGGGGGUUGCAAAUGGUUUGACUUGUAGCUCUGUUCUUUUUGCUACUCGAAGAGUUUUCGGAUAUUGUUUCAGCAAUGAGAAGCAAGUUAUAGAUUAUGUCACCACUAUGGCACCUUUGGUUUGUGUUAAUGUUAUAUCUGACAGCAUGCAGGUAGUUCUUUCAGGUGUAGCAAGAGGGUGUGGCUGGCAACGUAUAUGUUCUUACGUGAAUCUUGCUGCAUACUACCUUGUUGGAAUUCCAGUUGCAGCUGCAUUAGGAUUUUGGAAUCAAAUGAGAGGUAGAGGCCUUUGGAUGGGAAUUAUGGUUGGUGCUUUGACACAGUCGGUUCUUAUGUCUAUUAUUACUAGUCGUGCCAAUUGGGAAGAGGAGGUUGGUCUUGCUAAUACAUGUUUCUCAAUAGCAAUAUCUGACUUGAAAAUAUUAUCAUGCUUACAUGUGCUGAUAGUUUUGUUGUACCAUAGUUUGACGUUAAUUGUUGAAAAUUCAUACUUUGAAGUUGCCAUAGUGGUGAUAAUCACCAUUUAAAUUUGUUCUGAUAAAGUUUGUGGUUGUU